GGGAAGCUCCCACUGUUGUAAGAAGUGCUCCUUGCGAGCGAGACUGAUGAUCGAAGUGUCGUACACUUGUUUGUGUGAACCAGAAGGACGAUACACCAUGAUGCUUUAGGUGCCUUUUUCCAUGUUUAAGAAUACCUAUCCUCACAACUCUUACUCGUCAGCUUAAAAGAGCUCUUUAUAGUCUGAUUCAACAUGAAUGUUAUCAGGAGUAGAGACAUAUGGGGGAUAUUCUGGUUACUGGCCGUUUCCUGUCCACGACGGUCUAUUGUUGCCUUAGUUGACUCACUUUCCUUGUGUGACGACUGGAAAUACCUGGAGGUGGUAGAGAAGAGCGACGACAACACCUUUACCUGUACAGGACUGAGAGAACAGCAAGAUGUCGCCUGGUUAUAUAGUGGAAAUCGUAUGGCUACCUGUCCUCCCCCUCCGUCAUCCUGCACACUCCGUGAUCCAUCUCUUAAUACAAUCUUCAGGUUUAGCAGAACUUUGACAACAGCCAGCAACAUCACAGUUCUCGCCACGGCAGCUCCAUCCCUGGACUACUUUGGUACAACUAGUCUGACAUGUGAGAGCACAGCUCAGGAAAGUGUGACAUGUCUGCUCGACUCAGUUUACCCUGCUGAAAAUAUUACAUGUAAAAUUCAGUUUAAUGGAGAGACGUGGGAAGUAACUGGGUGGUGCUUGGUUUCCAAAGUUCGCUCAACGAGAAACAAAUAUGGAUGUUAUUUAUACCAGACACAGGGUUCGCAAGAGUCAGUAAGAGUUGGGUCAUUCAGUAUGAGCACAGAGGCAUCCACGCCGUCAGGUUAUUUCUCAGGCACGUGUAACAUGACCUCUUACCUGCCAUCUGACGGAAGAUACAGCUACACAGUGCUCAUCAUGCCAGGGAAAGUAAACGUUCCCGCUGUACUUUACGGAAACAAUGAAAUACGCAAGUCCUUUAACUAUUUGUACCUGCCUGCUUGUCGACCUAAAAGUAUUCCAUAUCACAACUGUCCCCUGUACGUCAGAGAAGACAACUCUGUAAGUUGUGUUUGUUCUGUCGACGACUUGGGUUCACCUCCUGGACAACUGAAGUGGAACAACAUGAGCUCAGGGCAACUCGUACUCCCAGGUGUGAAGAUGGACCAGCACGGAGUGAACUACGUGUGUAGUCUCACCUGGAACAGGACAGUCGUACAGUCGGUGACCUACACACUUCUUGUUGCUUAUCCACCCACUCAGAUGAGCUUUAAGUUAAACAUCGCCAGCGAGAACGUGGUUGUGACAGAGAAGAGCCCAGUGACCAUGUUGUGUCAGUCUGACGGCAGACCCACACCUAACAUGACCAUCACUGACGUCACCAACGGUAACCGUGUGGUACACAGUCAGCCUGGAGGUAACGUGACUCUGGCUGAUCAAAGAGUACAAACACAAUAUGACAAGGCUACGGUUGAGUGUGAGGACACCGGUGAAUACAGGUGUUCGGCUGAUAACAUCAUAGGCAGUAGAUACCAGGCUGUCACAUUAUUUGUCAUGUGUGCGCCUAGAAGAAAUCCUGCUGAUGCUAACUAUACCAUUCCAAAUGUUGAAGGAGGUAAAUCUGUGACGAUUGAGCUGAUUGCUUACCCAACAUCUUUGAAUGUGACCACGUAUUUCCUGGGACCAAACAUAAGCAGCGAUGAACAACCUGCCAAAGAAGGUAUAUUUCUUGUGGGCUGCAAUGCAAGUCCUCCGCCUAGUUAUAGAGUUAUCUGCACCAUCACUGUCACAAAUGUGACAUCGGACACAGCUGGCUUCUACAAGGUCGUUGUCAUCAAUCAGGCGGGAAACGUGUCAUUUGCUUUUCACGCUCUUCCUCGAAAUCUUACAGGUAUAAUUUUUAAUUUGCAGUACUAA